UACCUGCGAGAAGCAUAGAAGUGAAAAGUAAAAUCUCCCGAGCGCUUAAAACGAUUAAAAAAUAAUUGCUGUGAAUUUCAUCAUCUUAAGUUGAGUGAAAAAAUUGAACUACUAGUGGAGUGUUGAAAAACGAGAAGUAUGCAGAUCUUCGUGAAGACUCUGACUGGCAAGACCAUCACUCUGGAGGUCGAGCCUUCGGAUACUAUCGAGAAUGUGAAAGCUAAGAUCCAGGACAAGGAAGGCAUUCCCCCAGAUCAGCAGCGUUUGAUCUUCGCUGGCAAGCAGCUUGAGGACGGACGCACCUUGUCCGACUACAACAUCCAGAAGGAGUCGACCUUGCACUUGGUCCUUCGUCUGCGUGGUGGUAUGCAGAUCUUCGUGAAGACCUUGACUGGCAAGACCAUCACUCUGGAAGUCGAGCCUUCGGACACCAUUGAGAAUGUUAAGGCUAAGAUCCAGGACAAGGAAGGCAUUCCCCCAGAUCAGCAGCGUUUGAUCUUCGCUGGCAAGCAGCUUGAGGACGGACGCACCUUGUCCGACUACAACAUCCAGAAGGAGUCGACCUUGCACUUGGUCCUUCGUCUGCGUGGUGGUAUGCAGAUCUUCGUAAAGACCUUGACUGGCAAGACCAUCACCCUGGAAGUCGAGCCUUCGGACACCAUUGAGAAUGUGAAGGCUAAGAUCCAGGACAAGGAAGGCAUUCCCCCAGAUCAGCAGCGUUUGAUCUUCGCUGGCAAGCAGCUUGAGGACGGACGCACCUUGUCCGACUACAACAUCCAGAAGGAGUCGACCUUGCACUUGGUCCUUCGUCUGCGUGGUGGUAUGCAGAUCUUCGUGAAGACCUUGACUGGCAAGACCAUCACUCUGGAAGUCGAGCCUUCGGACACCAUUGAGAAUGUGAAGGCUAAGAUCCAGGACAAGGAAGGCAUUCCCCCAGAUCAGCAGCGUUUGAUCUUCGCUGGCAAGCAGCUUGAGGACGGACGCACCCUGUCCGACUACAACAUUCAGAAGGAGUCGACCUUGCACUUGGUCCUUCGUCUGCGUGGUGGUAUGCAGAUCUUCGUGAAGACCUUGACUGGCAAGACCAUCACCCUGGAAGUCGAGCCUUCGGACACCAUUGAGAAUGUGAAGGCUAAGAUCCAGGACAAGGAAGGCAUUCCUCCAGAUCAGCAGCGUUUGAUCUUCGCUGGCAAGCAGCUUGAGGACGGACGCACCUUGUCCGACUACAACAUCCAGAAGGAGUCGACCUUGCAUUUGGUCCUUCGUCUGCGUGGUGGUAUGCAGAUCUUCGUGAAGACCUUGACUGGCAAGACCAUCACCCUGGAAGUCGAGCCUUCGGACACCAUUGAGAAUGUGAAGGCUAAGAUCCAGGACAAGGAAGGCAUUCCCCCAGAUCAGCAGCGUUUGAUCUUCGCUGGCAAGCAGCUUGAGGACGGACGCACCCUGUCCGACUACAACAUUCAGAAGGAGUCGACCUUGCACUUGGUCCUUCGUCUGCGUGGUGGUAUGCAGAUCUUCGUGAAGACCUUGACUGGCAAGACCAUCACCCUGGAAGUCGAGCCUUCGGACACCAUUGAGAAUGUGAAGGCUAAGAUCCAGGACAAGGAAGGCAUUCCUCCAGAUCAGCAGCGUUUGAUCUUCGCUGGCAAGCAGCUUGAGGACGGACGCACCCUGUCCGACUACAACAUUCAGAAGGAGUCGACCUUGCACUUGGUCCUUCGUCUGCGUGGUGGUAUGCAGAUCUUCGUAAAGACCUUGACUGGCAAGACCAUCACCCUGGAAGUCGAGCCUUCGGACACCAUUGAGAAUGUGAAGGCUAAGAUCCAGGACAAGGAAGGCAUUCCCCCAGAUCAGCAGCGUUUGAUCUUCGCUGGCAAGCAGCUUGAGGACGGACGCACCCUGUCCGACUACAACAUUCAGAAGGAGUCGACCUUGCACUUGGUCCUUCGUCUGCGUGGUGGUAUGCAGAUCUUCGUGAAGACCUUGACUGGCAAGACCAUCACCCUGGAAGUCGAGCCUUCGGACACCAUUGAGAAUGUGAAGGCUAAGAUCCAGGACAAGGAAGGCAUUCCCCCAGAUCAGCAGCGUUUGAUCUUCGCUGGCAAGCAGCUUGAGGACGGACGCACCCUGUCCGACUACAACAUUCAGAAGGAGUCGACCUUGCACUUGGUCCUUCGUCUGCGUGGUGGUAUGCAGAUCUUCGUGAAGACCUUGACUGGCAAGACCAUCACUCUGGAAGUGGAGCCUUCGGACACCAUUGAGAAUGUGAAGGCUAAGAUCCAGGACAAGGAAGGCAUUCCCCCAGAUCAGCAGCGUUUGAUCUUCGCUGGCAAGCAGCUUGAGGACGGACGCACCCUGUCCGACUACAACAUCCAGAAGGAGUCGACGUUGCACUUGGUCCUUCGUCUCCGUGGUGGAAACUGAAUCAAUAAAUGACACAGCAUGUUCUUUUAGAGUAUCUAAAUUAUAGUUAGCUGUCUUUGGACAGUUCGAAACAAAUUUCAGAUAUAAUAAAAGAAUGCAUGAAUUAGA